AUGAUCACCAGCUGUGACAUUUCUAGAGGCAUAAAAGUGGUAGCUGUAGGAGCAGGUGUAUAGGCUACUCUGGAACCAUGGCUCCUGUUUUCUAUUUGGUGAUGCUUAUGGUUGUCACUGCUGUACAAGCAGUGGACUUCUCUGUGGAGUGUGGGGGAGACUCUGUGACCGUGAACUGGCCGAUGGGACUGCAGAAUCAACCAGACAUCGAUCCCUCUUUUGUCCGAUUGGGCUAUUGUACUCCAACCAGCAUUUCUGUAAUUCCGGGUGGUGCACAGGUCGUUUUCCCAUUGAAGGAGUGGCGAUGUGGGGCCGAGGUGAUGGCACUGAAGGACGAUGUUGUUUUGUCUACUGAGCUCACCUAUGCUCCUGAGUCAGGAGACGUUUUCCUCCUUCAGGCUGUUGUUUGUACAUACCCAAGGCCUGAUGGUUGGACUCCACAUAUUUUCAGACCUGUCAUUGAAACCUUUGGCACUAGUGAACUGGUGUUCACUAUGAGUUUGAUGAAUGAUGAUUUCAGUGGUCCAGCAGUGACUCCAAAAUACACUCUAGGAAGCCUCAUCCCCAUCUCUGCCUCGGUGAAUCAGCAGGCCCACCAGCCCUUGCUUCUCUUGCUGGAGGAAUGUCAAGCUUCUGCUCUAGACCAGCCUCUGCCCCAUCCUGAGACCUACCCCAUCAUCAACAACAUGGGGUGUUUCACCGAUAGCCGCAAAACCAUGUCCAGGUUCCAACCUCGUCAAAGAAGCUCAGAAAUCCAGCUCUAUUUGCAAGCUUUUGCAAUUGCUAUUGAUCAGCCGGUCUAUAUCCACUGUAAGCUUGUGGCAUGGGAGGAAAAUGGCUUUAAUGAGGGGAAGAAGGCCUGCCAUGACAAGAAUGGAAGUUGGGAGCUCCUUGAUGACCCGGCCCAGAGUUCUCUCUGCAACUGCUGUGACUAUGGUGGUGAUCAUGGCUGUCAGUCCAGAAGGAGGAGGGCAUUGGGUGGAAAAGGGAUGACCAGGAAUGCUGUGGUUGGACCGCUGACUAUAGUCGACAGGAAAACCAAUUCAAAACUACACAAGAAAAUGAUUUUUACCCAAUAAACAUUUUCUUUUGAA